GAGGAGGGUGGCGGAGGCCGAGGACCAGCGACCGACGCCAUAUUAAGGAGCUCGGAGCUCUGGCUCCCGUCAGCGGCGUCCGCGGCUGAACGCGGCGGAACUGCGUGCAGCGGAGGCGAGCGCUGCACGGCGCCGGGAGAGGCGGGGCCGCCAGAGCCAGUGGGCGACGGAAGCGGCGAGCCAGGCUGACAUUGGCUAGCUGACUGUGGCUGGCGGGCUGUGCCUGCCCUGCCCCGCCAUGGACCAGGACUACGAGCGGCGCCUCCUGCGGCAGAUCAUCAUCCAGAAUGAGAAUACAAUGCCAUGUGUUGCGGAGAUGCGGCGAACCCUGACACCUGCCAACUCCCCCGUGUCCUCCCCCAGCAAGCACGGAGACCGCUUCAUCCCCUCAAGAGCCGGCGCCAACUGGAGCGUGAAUUUCCACAGGAUCAAUGAAAAUGAGAAAUCUCCCAGCCAAAACCGGAAAGCCAAGGAUGCCACCUCAGACAAUGGCAAAGAUGGCUUGGCCUACUCGGCUUUGCUGAAGAACGAGCUGCUCGGCGCUGGCAUCGAGAAGGUACAGGACCCGCAGACUGAGGACCGCAGGCUGCAGCCCUCCACACCUGAGAGGAAGGGCCUCUUCACGUAUUCCCUCAGCACCAAGCGUUCCAGCCCCGACGACGGCAAUGAUGUGUCUCCCUAUUCCCUGUCCCCCGUUAGCAACAAAAGUCAGAAGUUACUGCGGUCGCCACGGAAACCCACCCGCAAGAUCUCCAAGAUCCCCUUCAAGGUCCUGGACGCGCCUGAGCUGCAGGAUGACUUCUACCUGAACCUGGUGGACUGGUCAUCCCUCAACGUGCUCAGUGUGGGGCUGGGGACCUGCGUAUACCUGUGGAGCGCUUGUACCAGCCAGGUGACCCGGCUCUGUGACCUCUCCGUGGAAGGGGACUCGGUGACCUCCGUGGGCUGGUCUGAGAGGGGGAACCUGGUGGCUGUGGGCACACACAAGGGCUUUGUGCAAAUCUGGGACGCAGCCGCAGGAAAAAAGCUGUCCAUGCUGGAAGGCCACACGGCGCGUGUCGGGGCGCUGGCCUGGAACGCUGAUCAGCUCUCGUCCGGGAGCCGGGACCGCAUGAUCCUACAGAGGGACAUCCGCACCCCACCCCUGCAGUCAGAGCGGCGGCUACAGGGCCACCGGCAGGAGGUGUGUGGGCUCAAGUGGUCCACGGACCACCAGCUCCUCGCCUCCGGGGGCAACGACAACAAGCUGCUGGUCUGGAACCACUCAAGCCUGAGCCCCGUGCAGCAGUACACAGAGCACCUGGCAGCUGUGAAGGCCAUUGCCUGGUCCCCACACCAGCAUGGGCUGCUGGCAUCCGGCGGUGGUACAGCCGACCGCUGCAUCCGCUUCUGGAACACACUCACGGGGCAGCCGCUACAGUGCAUCGACACUGGCUCCCAGGUGUGCAACCUCGCCUGGUCCAAGCACGCCAACGAGCUGGUGAGCACGCAUGGCUACUCGCAGAACCAGAUCCUGGUCUGGAAGUACCCAUCCCUGACCCAGGUGGCCAAGCUGACUGGGCACUCCUACCGGGUGCUGUACCUGGCCAUGUCCCCCGAUGGAGAGGCCAUAGUCACUGGUGCUGGAGAUGAAACCCUGAGGUUCUGGAAUGUCUUUAGCAAAACCCGUUCAACAAAGGUAAAGUGGGAAUCCGUGUCUGUCCUCAACCUCUUCACCAGGAUCCGGUAAACCCGCGGCCUUGCUGUACUGGUCGCAGAAUGCCACCUCUCGUCAGCGUCAUGGACCCUCCCCUCCCCCCAACACGGGCACCAAGGAAGGCAGCAGGGGUGGGGGGAGCCGGGCCUGGAGAGACCCUGAAGAUUCUAUUAAAGCCUGAUUACGAACCCUGUCAGCCGGUGUUUGGGGUGGGACUGUGGUCGGGCACCAACAAGAGUAGGGGCUCCAGCUCCCUCCACCCUGCAUGGCCCCAGCUUGGACAUCUGCUCGGAGCAGGAUGGACGCCUCCUGGGACCCUGCCUGCUUCCAUCUGUGUCCGUCACCGUCACCACCUUGUUGGGGCAGCACGCUCUUCCGGGAAGCACACGCUCACCACCGCCCACACCCGCUACGGGACAGACAGCUGGACACCAGGCUGGUCAGCCAGGGGAGGGCCUUGCAGGAGGACGGCUCAGGUUGGCCUGUGGAUCAAAGGGACAUUCCUGCUUGAGGUUUCUUUGUAGCCGUCUCUGCUGUCCCUGCCCCAGCAGCCAUCCCAGCGACUCUCAUAGGAGCUCUUUGUUGGAGUGAGCCCCAGGCAGGCUACGUGUUGAAGGAGGUCAUCUCAAGAUGGACUUGUCUAAGGAAAAUUGAAGUUGGAUCUGUUCGUGGUUCUGUGCUCACCCCGACUGAGUUGUCCUUGUCACUAAUGGGGUCACAGCUGACUGUGGUUCUUGCAGCUUGCUGGGCAGCCAGUCAGUGUAACCUAAGGGCACAAUCAGCCCCACAGGCGAGGUCCUGUGGGUGCCUGGCCCUCCUCCCCAGCCCCUUCCCCUCCAGCCCACUGGAGUGGGUCCUGUCCAUCUGCGCCUUCAGCCAGGGGAGGGGGACCCUGUGGGUUCCCCUAGAAGCUUCCUGAGCUUCCCCAACCCUGGUCCCACCUCACCGUUCUGUGCCCUGUUCCCAGUUGCACCUGGGCCCACCUCCUCCAGCCUCAUCUCCAGACCUGGAGAAAACAGAGGGAGAGAGGUGGGGCCAGUGUGGCAGCGGCCAGAGGACAUUGAUGGAAGUGGACAGGGCGAGGUGGGCCUGGGCAGGACAGGGAUCCAGCAUGGUCAGGGGAAGGCUGCACAGAGCCCCCAGUCUCCCCAGUUCUGCUCGGAGCCCCCAUUCCUCCACGGGUUUUGAGAGCCUUGGGUUUCCCCUGAGCCAACCACCUGUGUGCAUGUGUACAUAUGUAUUUGUGACUUCCUUUUGGAUUUGUUUUUGUGUUUCUGUAAAUCAGUGCUCAAAAUGUUAAAGCUUUGUGGGGAGGAGCAAUGGCCCACCCCCAUCCCUGGGGGACACAGAGGUCACAGCUUUUAGAGCCCUCUCUUUCAGAGGGCAGUUGUCUGAACCUGCCUGAACUUGGGGACGGGUGAGAGACAGUGUACAUAGAUGUGUGUAUUCCAAUUGGUCGAGACCUUAUUUUUGUUUGA